UUCAUGGUCAACUUGAUGAACUAUUGGACCAACUUCGCCAAUACUGGCACUCCCAAUUCAGCUGAGCUACCAACAUGGCCAACCUACACAGUUCCGGAACUGCAGUACAUGGUCCUGGACCCGGACCUGACCCCGAGUCGAGCUCUACGUGCUGAUGACGUCGCAUUUUGGAACGAGUUUGUCCCAGAGUUGCUUGAGUCUUCAGGUACGAGCAAAGUGAGGAACAGAUGGUCUGCACCAUGGUAGAGCUUCUAAUCAGAAGAAAUGAAGAGAUGCACAGAGUAUCUAGG